AUGGCUGAACCGUCCACUGAUAUGGUCGCACCAUCGACCAACGACAUUGAGAUGAAGGAGGAAGUAGCAGAGCCUUCUGUUCACAGCAUCCCCUCUGCACCGGAACAAGUCGCAGGAGCUACUCAAGACGAUGCAGCACUUCCCAUCAACCAGCCCUUUACCGCCGAAGCCCCAAAGCUCGAGGAGUCCGUCCCAGCAAGCAUGGAAGGCAUAACCAACGUCGACUCGUCCGCUGCGCAAACCGCUCAGGCCCCUGCUCCACCUGUCGCACAAGCUCCUUCAGCAUCGCCAUUGCCUGCUACUGCCUCUGCGCCAACUGCACCACCUGCCGCUGCUCUGCCAGUCAAGGCACCUACUCCUUCGCCUGCUCCAACCAGACCAUCCUCAAUCCCUCCAGCAGUCUCGCUUCCACCCGAGAAGGCCAACCAGCACGGUGCACCUGACAGAAUCUACCUCAACAACGUCGCUACCUAUUUCAUGGAGGGCAUGAAGUACUUGGUCUUCUAUCAACCCGAGAAGCCUUUGAGAUGGAUGGCCGAGUUUCUCAUGAAGCGCAGCAUUGAGAUCGAGGGAGAGUAA